AUGGCCCCCGAAACCUACUCUCAGCCCAGAGGAUCCUUCCAGACCACCACCGGAAGCCCCUCGCACCAUGAUCAGGACUCGAGUUCCAACUACGAUGCCGAAGACGAGCGCCCUGUUGCCGAAGACGAAGAUUCCACGACGCUGCAGUCUCCAGCUGGGCUCCUGUACAACCUCGACCAGCUCCCUGAGAGCAAGAGAGCCGCAGUGCGGGAUGCCCUUCGAGAACCUCCCAAGAUUUCUCUCCAGCACUGCCGCCGAAUCGACAACACGUACGCCUUCCAAAUGUCCGAAGUUGUGACCACGUCUGUUAUGAGCCAGACUCUUUACGGCCACAACCGCACCAAGCCCCUGACCAUGGUUGCUGAGGGCUAUGCUGCCGAGAUGGGCGACCCCUUCCAGAAUAUGGCGCGACACCAUCUGGACGUACUUGCCGAGGGCCUCCACUGCCAAGUGACGCACCCAACGACCUACUCUGACCAAGAGGAGCCAGAUUCGCAUCGUGUCGUCGAAUCGCGUGAGCUGCUCUCCUCUGUAUACGGCGUGGAUCCCGAGGACUUCCGCGACUUGGACCACACCGUCCUGCGCAUGCUUCUUGACAACCCUGUCUUCUUCCAGUACUUUCUCUCACUCUCUCGCUCGACUGAUACCAUCAGAGACCCCUUUCGCAAGCUGUUUCAGCGAGUGGAUCGCGUGCUGCGUGAUCUUGACUCGUCCGGGCCCUCAUCGUCUUCACCCAUGGCUGAGCCCUCGCCGGAGACGCCGGCAGACGUCUCUUGGGCGGCAGCACAUCUCGUCGGCAUUGUUGAACUCAUCAGGGCCGCCAUAUAUUCCCGCGACAACCCGCUGCAACCGCACGAGGCUCUGUCCGCCGCCCGCACACUCGUCCACAUCCUCAACGUCGUGGUGGCACGCAACCGUGAUGCUCACCCCGGGCCGAGCCGCAUCACCCGCAACCUAUACCUCCGGCUAGUCGGUGACCACGAUCGGGACUUUGUCAUCGCCGAACUGGCCCUCAUACCGGAGGCGGCGAGCCACUUCCUGCACAGCCUCGAGGCAAUCCACGACAAGAUUGGCAUCCACGGCGCACCGACGUCGUAUGUCGAUAAGCUACGCACCCUCCUGAGCCGCCUGAGGACGUCCGGCCUGAAGCGGCAUGGGCCUCGCCAGAGAUCGCAGCCCGAGGUCAAGAGAAUGAAGUAG